GUUGCAUCCAAAAUGGAUCGGGGAGAGGUCAUCGACCCUUUCGUUUUGUCUUCAGUCGGUCAAUUUGGAUACGGUUUGGACAAUGUUUCGGUAACCCUUAUACCGAUUGAUCCAGAAGUUUGGUCAGUCAGGGAAUCAAUCAUAUUGAUUUCAAUCUCUUCCAGCUAGUCACAUAACCGAGUAUGUAGGUAUACUGUGACCCCUCACAGACAAGCGGGAUGAGCGGGAUGUGCAGGGUUGAGGAUGACGAUCGGAUAGACUCCCUGGCAUUUGGCUUUCCUUCUUUCAGAAUUCCAAUGAUG